AUGAGGAAUUUAAGGUCAGCCUCAUUCUCGAGUCAAUAUGAAGCAUCCCAACAACAGGCUCAAUUAUCAUCACUCUUAUCAUCAUCGGGUGCUGGAGCUAAUUAUCCACAACCUGAAUUGAGCGAUACAAUAUCUGUUGUUUCUUCACUAUUAACAGAUGAGUAUAAACCAUUUAAACCGACGAAUAAGGCUCCACUUAAUCAAUCUGUUGCAACAGCUAGUGCUGAUCAAAUUGAUAGUAGUUUCUCUGAGAAUGAUCGGAGGGAGAUGGAAAAUCUGAGAGCCAUCAUUAAGGAAUAUAAGGCAAAGAAACUCGUUUUAGACUAUGAAAUUAGUCAGAAGGAAAAUAAUAUAAAAACUUUAAAGGAAAAUAACACUGAAUUAAAAUCGGAAGCUGAUGAAUCAUUUGCUGUGUGGAAUGUAACGAGACAAGAUACAUUGGAUUUUAUUAGCGAGGAUAUUACAGCUUCCUAUGAUUUUGGUGAUUUGUCUCUCUCUGAGGAAGGUGGUAAUGAAAGAGACUUACUGUGGAGAAAACUCAAACACUAUAGAACUAUUUACUGUAAAAUAAUGCAAUAUGUUGAAGUCAGAGAAAGCGAAAUCAAACAACUAGAGAAUGAAGAAAAGAAUGAUUUUGAUGAUAUUGUAAAAUUAAACAAAUCCAUUGAUGCAGAUAUUGAACAUUUGAUAGGAAAGAGAGCUGAAAUGGAAUCUAGGAUUGAAUCCAGUUUCAAUACAAUAAUUGAAAAGAAGAGGGAUAAUGAGCUUAAGAGACAAAAUAUUGAGAUACUGAAGGAAAAAGUUUCACAAGCAGAAAUCAAAACACAACAAGAUGUUCAAAUUCUUGCUAAAAAACUAUUCAAAUAA